CGUGUGUGUGCCGCGAUGGACGGGAAAACGGUCGACGAAGGACGCUCCAAAAACUUCAUCCCCGAAGAUCCAUUAGAUAUUCAAGCGAUGGCAACGAAGUGCUUAAAAAGUGAUUGUAGCGAGGUAUUUAAUAUCAACGAUGAUAUGGGAUAGCAUUUGGUAUAACUACUUCCUUGUUACUUGAAAAUGGGAUUAGUUUUCAUGAAAACGAAGCGCUCUGAAAGAAGCGAAUUCGUCGUGAUUUCUGACGCGAUCAGACAGAUGGCGCUUUUCUCCAAUCCAGAUUUAUAAGGAUAUUGGAGUCAGGAAAGGACAUUUUAUAUAAGAUAUGGGAUGGCAGCGCGCGCUUCGAGUGGAUUGGAAUAUCGAGUGAAUGCAUCAAAUUCGUGGAUCUGUUGUUCGUUUCCGGGGAAAGCGUUGGAAGUGUAUUUUUGGAUGGGAAAGAAGUGAAAUGAAGUGCUUGUGAGUGAGAGUGAUGGAGAGGUGAAUGUGUAGUGAUUUUGGGCGCGAAACUGGCGCGCGCGGGAUCGAAGGUUGUGGAAUGGUGCGGAUAGAUGUCGCUCGGCCAUCGCUGCGUUGGUGUUUUGGCGUUGCAAAAACAUUGCGCAUUUGAAACCGGAAAAAAAAGGUGCGAUAGAUCGUAGACGGCGUUCAACGGCGUGAGCAAGAGAGAGACGGCGACAACAGCGGCGAAGGAUCGUCAGCAUCAUCGGUGAAGGGUCUUCAGGUCCGAUCUACAUCCUACAUCAUUCUUCACGGAUUCGCUUGGAUUCGGUGGUUCCUGUCGAGGCUGGUGCUCGUGUGUCUGUGGCGUCGGUGUGUGCGUGUGUGUGUGAAGUUGCAUCAAGCGGUGUUGUAAUCGGCGGGGCCGGUCGGUGGCGCGAGGAGUCUGCUCAGUCAACGCCGCCGACGUUCGUUUGUUCAACAGAAAUGGAGUGGUACGUCGUCCGCCUGUACCACCGAACGGCGCCAUUGUGGUAGUACGUUUGUCCCGCAAAAAAUCGUCUCUGCGAAGACCGUUUCGCCUGUUUAUCGCGCUCCGUCCACACGGAUUUCAUGUCGGACACGUAUCCGAUGGUGACAAGUGCUCAUUGGUGCGGCGGUGCGCCCCCAGUUUCGACCGAAGGUGGUGCAAUGUUUGGUUGUAGGUGCGUAUUUCGUAGUGUGUAAGCACGGUGUCUCCGGGAUUUCGUAAGCCGAACGGCGUCACGUGGGUGUUAUCUGCACGGACCUUCCGGAUUUGCCUCCUGCGUUGUUUCCGGUUUUCCGGACCGCGUCGCGAACCGCAACGGCUCGAGCCGGACGAUGCCCGGUCGCUGCUAACCGCACGCUUUUGUUAAGGGAAAGUAGCGAACAGUUAAAGCGUCUCCCUCCUGCUAUUAUCCUAUAUUUUUUCCCAUCGUAAUAACCAUCAUCAUUCGCACAACGAGGGCGACGACGAUGGAAUUGGCCGGGGAUUAGUUCAGUGUUUGUUUGUUUUCUUUUUUUUUUCAAUUUUGUUUUUCAACUUUUUUCCCCUCCCCAAUUAUUAAACUGCAUUGCAAUUAGUUGGAGCUGGCUGUGUCUCCAAAGUGGUUUUGACAGUGUUUUGUGAAAGUCAAGGGGAACAUUCCAUGUGCAAAAGUGGAUGAAUGGGAUUGCGUACGGCCUCGGUGAGGCAUCCCCAUGUGGAGGUCAUGGCACCAGCCCUAACAGAAACUAACCAGUCACAAAGCUUCAAGCUGCCCCCCAACCAGCUGGCAUCCCCAGUCAACGGUGUGGACAAGAGUGGUGAGCUGUAUGUGCCCAGGAAAGCCACCACCAGCAAGGAUCUGAACUAUGGCUUUGGCAAUCCCCUUUCUCUGGCCAUUGAACUGUUAAAGAUAGACCAAGUCAAUAGGGCCUUGGAUAGUACAGUUGAGGAGUGUGCGGAGCCUAUAAUGAGCAAUUGUCCACAACCUAUGGGUGACCAGGACGACAAAAUGGGCCUACAGAAGGGUGGUUUAGAGGAUGUGACCUGCAUCCUCAAAGACAGACUUGACACAGAAGAUGACCAGUUAUUCAACAUAAACAACAUUAAUCCCAAUGUGGAUGAGCUCAUGCAGGUGUUCAAAUCUCUAGAAGCAGAAUCCACUGGGUCUGUGCAGGAUGAACAGGAUGUCAUAUUCCCAUUGUCUGGCAGUGAUCUUAAUGUGGGCAACUUCACCAACCUGGAGAAGGAGCUGUUCAGUGAUGUUAUGAAUAUGAGCAUGGAGGAGCAGUUGAGUGACUCUGUAACAAAUAUAAAGGAGACACAAACCAAAGACCUGAUGACUGGCAUCUUGAAACAGCACAGUGCACUUGACAGAAGAAUGGAUUUUCUGAUCAGAAGGGUGAGGAAAUUCCAGUCGCGUCUCAUGGGCCAGCACGUGAGUGGCGAAAUGGCCGGUGUGUAUGAACAUGUGCAUCGAACGUUAAAAAAGUGCAAGGAGCAGCAGCAGCAUCAGCAACCCAUGAAUUGCCCAAAACAAGAUGACAGUGCUGUUCUGAAUCACCUCCCUGAGGAACCCAAACCUGUAAUCCAGGAAAAGUUGAAACCAAUCUCAUAUAACUCCACCAAAAAUCUAAUUAAGAAACUUGAGAUGAGUGCUGUUGUUCAGGCCAACAACACUUUAAGGCAGAGGCAUACCAAUAAGUAUUUUGGUGCAGGCUCUGUGGAACCAACAACUGGAUACAGAUCCACCCCAUCCAUGGGACUCACUACUUUGGCUCAAUGGCCCCAAUCUGAUAAGCAGGAGCUUCAGAGGGUAUCUGGGUUUUUGGAAUCAGAGAUGUCUAUGGUUCAGAAUGAAGUGGAUUCUGAAGCUACAGUCAGCAGCUCAGGAGGAGAGAGUUGUGAUGAAAUGCAAACAUACAACAAUCCACAUCAACAAUAUCUACCUAUACAUAAACGAGCGGCAUGGCGGUACGCGAAGGAUCGAGCAGCGAUAGCAAGCCGAUGGACCUGGCUGCAGUCGCAGGUCGCGGACUUGGACUACAAGAUCCGGCAGUACAAUGACCUGCACAAGAAGAUAAGGGCCAGCAAGGAAAGCGUCCGCUUGGGUGGCGCGAGCCCCUCGCAUGUGUCAACCGUGCCAUCGUCGCCGACGUGUGUGAACGGUUAUCGAGGACAGUUGCCGGGCGCGUCACCUACGUCGAAGGGUGUCCAGGGACAGGGCUUGGACGCGCAGGCGAACGGCGCGUGCGGAGUUUCUAGUGGAGGUGGCGGGGGCGGUGGCGCCACCCCGUCGCCGGAUGUGCAAUGCUCGCGGACCCGACCGCUGGUCAGCUUCCGGAAGCGCAAGCUAUUGCAGAUCACAGGACUCCAUGCGGUCUCGAAGAAGGCGGCCCGUCCUUCGACGGUGCGAUGCGGGUGCGUGCCGCCGGACAUCACGUGCGCCCUUUGUACCGGAAGGACGGAUCCCACGCACCCGCGAGAUGUCACCGAUUAUCUCAGCAAAAAUGAAAAGCUCGCACUGCUGGACCCUUCAUUCCAUCCUACCUUUUCUCUCAACGAAGAUGCGUCGGCGAUGCUGCAUAUGGAAGCAAUCAUGAAGACGUCGGAAUGGCAGCAGCGUAGUUCCAGGGCCAAUCUGAAGGCGAUGAAGUUCUUAAAGAGCGAUCGGACAGAGAAGGCUGGAAGUUCGAUAGAACAUAGACCUAGAAAGUUGGAGCACAGGAAGAAACACAAUAGACACCUAAAACCAACAACAGUCAACGCUCUAUCAGCAAAGAUCAAGAAUAGGAAUAGGAAGAAUGUAAGACCAACGGGUAAAUUAAAGAAGAGGAAUCGCAUGUCCUCGUCUCACCAUUCGAUCGGUUCGGACGGAAUCGACGAGGAGAUUGAGUCGUUGGGCGUUUCCGGAGGCGGGAAGUUCGAUUCGCCAUCGACGUCGCCGCUGCUCACAGCCCAAUCGAUUUCGUCGCAUCAGAAGAGGAAUCGUGUCGAUUCCUAUGACAUAGACAAUAUCAUUAUUCCUUAUAGUGUGGCCGCUUCAACGCGAGUUGAAAAAUUACAGUACAAGGAAAUUUUGACACCAAAGUGGCGGAUCGUUGAAUCUAAUCUGUUGAACAAGUAUGACGUGAAAAAUAACGGCACUGUGAAAACUAGUCAAGGAAUAAGAGAUGGUGAAGAUAUGUCUGAAGACGCUGUAUUAGCGAGACACGAGAAAAGUGAGCAAGACGAAAAGAAGAAGUUCUUGAGCUACUUGAAAUUGCCAAUCGGGUAUGGUCGGUCGAGGGCGAAUAGGCGGACCGACAGUAGGGCAGAGUCGAGCGGUGCGAAUACGCCCGAUCCGAUGUCGCCGGCGCCGGUGUUAGGCGUAGCCGAGAACUCGGAAAACACUGUAUCUCCAUUGACCUCGCCCCCAGCCACGCCUCUGCCCAUGGAUGAUCCGAUUCCUACGUUACCUACCAUUAGUGCGCUACGGCGGAGGACAAUCUCGCAAUCGCGUGUCGCCAAGGACAAGGAGUCCCUUUACAGAGAGGAGAACCGUUGUAGCACACCCGAACAAAUCGAGGAACCGUAUGAAAAAAGGCUCUUCCCAUUGAACGAGGAGAUGUACGAAAAGAUGCUACGCAGCAUGCCGGAUGAGCACAAGCUGAAGACGAACGCCAGGUCGCAGGAGGUGGCGAGUCCAAGCAGCGAGUCCGACGAGAAGUUGAUUUUUCACGAUAGCGAAUCAACGGAGAGUGCUUACGGGGAAGAGGACCCUAACGACCCGGAAUGGGACGUAGAGACAGUUAAAGAGCGUUUCAGAUAGGAGAAUUUACUAUUUAAUUUUUUGUACCAAUAUCCAUAAUUAAUAUUUCAUUUAUGUUCUGUUACAUAUUUCCCUGUGCCGGCACCUUUGUUUCUAGUAACGUGUCGAGCAUCAAUGUUAUACUUCUCGCGCUUAACCUAUUGGUGCCUCGCCGGAACUAAUUUAUAUUUAACAAGCUUCCGGUGGGGCUGAAUUAGCUUUGUAUUGAAAUCAAGAAAACGAGAAAAAAAAAUUGGAAGAAAAAGACACGACGUCAUGUAUUGUAUGCGUUUAGUAGUCUGCGAUCAAUUUUCCUGAAAAGAAAAAAAAUUCUAUAGAAAAUAAUAUAAAAUGAACAUAUAGAGAACGAGCGAAGAAGAAAAGUUGGAUAGGAGAUGGAAAGAAAGAUAGAGCUUGGGAUUUUGUAUUUAAUUUCUGAGAAAAAAAAGUCUGUGAUGCGAUUUCAUGUACAAUAUUUCAAUACCGUUGUUGCUUUUUGUAUUGUAAAUAUUUAUAUUAAAAAGAUAAGAUAAAGCGAGAGAAAAAAGCAAAAUACAGAAUUCGAAGCUUUUUUUUCUGAUUAUUAUUUUUGUUUUGUUUUGAUUAUUAAAGAAAACAUGUAGACAAUAGAAUAUAAUUUUCAGAUUCGCAAUUUCCUCGGGAUUAUCAAUUUACGUAUAUUUGUUUUCUCUCAGUUAUUGUUGUUGUGCG